AUGUCUGAAGCCUCAGCAGCUGCGUCUGCUGUCCAAGCCUCACUGCCAGCCCUUCAAAAUCUCAAUCUAUCAUCAGCGCAAGCAUCGACGAGCUCGGCCCAGCCCGGUCGUGAGCCAAGUCGCGGAAACAACCGCGGGCGCGGCCGGGGCCGAAGGAACGACGGGAGCAGGGCAGACCGCAUUGCCAAAACCGCCGAUCAGAACUCUUCAGGUGCUGACGGGACGCCGUCCUCAUCAUCGGCGGCUGUCCAAGAGGCUCGCAAGUCAAACUCAAAGAAGAAGUCCAGAAGAGGCGGGGUCUCCAAACCUAGCCAAUCGAAUGGAUCCGCCACAGAUGCAGCGGGCGAAUCGAACGCCAGCCAGCAGGACAAUGCACCUCAGCCACGCGUAGCAGCCCGCCGACAGCAGUUCGGCGGUAAGCUGACCGGUGGCUCGGCAAAUGCAGGUGGUGCACCGGCUUCCUCCGCUCAGCAGGGUGCCAAGGCAUCUCAGAACGGACGCGCCAAAAAGCCAGCGGUCAAGGUGCCUGCUGUAGCAGAGCCAGUCGAGUAUGCCGAUCUACGUUCUCGUCUUCUCGCCGAGCUCUCGUCGGGCGAGUACGAUUGCGUCAUCUGCUACAGCACCGUCACAACCCGCCAAGCCACCUGGUCGUGCUCACAGUGCUACUCUGUGCUGCACUUGCCAUGCGUGCGCAAGUGGGCCGACAGCAGCGUCAAGAAGGCCGAAGAGCACAAUGCUAUGCAGGAAGAUCCAGAGAUCCGCAACCGACGCGGUACUUGGCGAUGUCCAGGAUGCCAGUAUGCAAGAGAAGACGUCCCCAAGAUCUACUGGUGCUGGUGCGGCCGCGUGCAAGACCCUCCUGGUGGUCGCGGUGCCAAUCCACAUGGCUGUGGCCAGCGAUGCAGCCGCGGCAAAUGCGCUCACGGCUGCGCCGAUUCUUGUCAUCCAGGUCCCUGUCCGCCGUGUGCUGUCACCGUCUCUCAGAAAUGCUUCUGCGGUGCCCAAACCAUCCCCAUGCGCUGCUCGCAGACCGCAGCCAAGGAGGCGCGUCUCUCUGCUCUCCAUCAACGCGGCACCUCUUGCGGUGGCGUUUGCGGCAAGAAGCUGGACUGCGGCAGCCAUACAUGCGAGGACGCCUGUCAUCCAGGCGAGUGCCAACCUUGCUCCAUCCAAGUAGACGCGCGCUGCUACUGUGGCAAGCACACCAAGACGAUGCGCUGUGGAGACGGUGUCCCACAACUCAGCUUCGAUGACGAGAGCGCAAGUGGCUUCCAGGGCCGCUUCAACUGUGAUGGCGAGUGUCGGCGCCCCUUCGAUUGCGGUGUCCACUACUGCUCGAAGCCCUGCCAUGCUCGCGACCCACAACGGCCCGUCUGUCCUUCCUCGCCAAGUCUCGUCAAGACGUGCCCUUGCGGUGCAAACCCCGUCGCAUCUCGAACGUCCUGCCAAGACCCAAUCCCGACGUGUGGCAAUACGUGCUCAAAGGUAUCGAUCUGCGGCCAUCCGUGCCCUGCGGUCUGCCACCUGGGACCUUGUCCGCCAUGCAGGGUGCCCGUGUCGACGCCGUGCCGUUGUGGAGAGACAAAGCAGAGUCGAACUUGCCACGAACGUCAGCAGGAAGAACUCGAGGGAGGCCAGGAGGUGCUGUGCUCCACCGUGUGCCAGUCGCUGCGCCAUUGUGGCAAGCAUCAGUGCAACCGCCAGUGCUGUCCUCUCUACUUCCAAGCCAAGAGCAAGUCCAAGAAGCGACCCACGCUGUCCGAGCUGCAAGCGCUCGAUCCGGCCGGCCUGCACGAAUGCUCGAUCCCGUGCUCGAAGCCGUUGCCCUGCGGUUCGCACGAGUGCCCGAUGACGUGCCACCGUGGAGCUUGUCCGCCGUGCCUGCAGGCGAGUUUCGAAGAGCUGAUCUGCCACUGCGGUCGAACCGUUCUGGAGCCGCCGGUGCCGUGUGGCACGCAGGUGCGAUGCAACUUCCCGUGCGUGCGACCGCCGCCGAGCUGUGGCCAUCCAAAGAUGCCGCACGACUGCCACGAAGACGAGCCUUGCCCUCCGUGCGUCUACCUGACGGACAAGGUGUGCCACUGCCAGAAGCACAUUGUCAAGAACGUGCCAUGCAGCCGAUGGCGCGUGUCUUGCGGACAGCCGUGCGAUGCACUGCUCAACUGCGGCUUCCACCGUUGCCAAGGCAUCUGCCACAUCGCUGGACAAGAGUGCCCGCCUUGCGCGCAGACGUGCGGCAAGCCACGUCGACUGUGUCAGCACGCUUGUCAGGAGAAGUGCCAUGCGCCGUCGUCGUGCCCCGAGACGGAAGCAUGCCAGGCGAUCAUCACGUUGCAGUGUGCCUGCGGCAAUCUGCAGUCGCGCAUCAAGUGUGGCGUGUCGAUCCAUGCUCCCAACAAGGAAAAGUCGCUCAAGUGCAACGACUCGUGCAUGAUUGCGCAGAGGAACGCCAAGCUGGCCGAGGCGCUCGGCCUGAAUCCCUCGGAGAAGACGGCGCCGGCCUCGUACGAUUACGGCACGCUCGCAUACUACGCCGUUCCUGCCAACCGCAAGUUCUGCGACGAGCUGGAGGCGACGCUGAACGACUUUAUUCGCUCGCCACGCGCGGGCAUGAUCCUGCCGCCAGCCAACAAGUUCCAACGCGCUUUCACGCACGAGCUCGCGGCGGUAUACAAGCUGGCCAGCGAGAGUGUCGACCAAGAGCCACGUCGCAGCGUCAGCAUCCGUCGCAAGCAAGACAGCCGCAUCCCGAAGCCCUUGCUCACCGAGGCAUUUGCUGCGGCACGCGCUACGCUCAUGUCCAACCAGCACCAGCAGUCGUCGUCGCAUCUGCAGUCUGGCAAGUCUGUCGGGCUUGCUCAGUUGCAACGACCAUCGGCCGAAGCUCCAAAGCCGCUCAAUGCCGUUUUCUUGCCUGGCGUGUUUGGUCACGACCAGGACUCGCUGCGAUCGCUGUUGCAACCGGUGCUGCGCACGAUCAACUUUGUGGUGACCUGGAAGGGCGACGAGGAUGUGGUUGUCACUUCGCCGGACUCUCCCACUCGGCUGAUCAUGAUGAAGACCGAACUCAAGGCGCUUCUGCGUCGCGAGCAGUUUGCACGGGAUGCCAUCCUCUGCACGGUGGAUGCCAACAAGAACGUGGUACGCAGGGAAGACGAGCCGCUGCUCAGCAAUGGCGGUCGCGCCUCUGGCGGCCCGGCAAGGGCUUCGCUCGCUAUGAAACGAGGCGGUCCCGGAGCCGGAGCCAAUGGCAGUGGCUCGGCAGGGCUGGGCAAAGCAAGCCCGAGCUUGGUCGGGGACCGCGGAUGGGCAGCUGUAGCGUCGGGCUCUGGCCGAAAUUCGCCCGCGCAGGUCAGCGAGCCUGUAUGGGGGCAGCCCACCAUGGCUGCUCAGGUCAACAGCGUACGGACGACGGCGCCCAUCGCGGGUAUCGUGCCGAAUCCGAACGCGCCGCGACAGGCAGCUACUGACGUUGCCGCCACUGCUCCAGCCACAGAAGCGUCGACCGCCGAAGGACCUGUUCCCGAAAGCUGGGAAGACGAGAGCUGA